GGGUCUAGAGCUAGAGGGCCCCGCCGGAUUGGAGGUGGGGGGGCGGGGGCUCCUGGGGCCCCUCUGCCAAACAGGAAUAUAGAGACCGCCUGUGAGCCAGGACAUAGGGGGUUUGGCCCGAGUGAGAGAGUGACUGGGGACCACUGUCCCCAGCCCUAUAGGCAAAGAACAGGAGGUCCCUGCUGUGGGUUGUUCAGGGAAGUCAGCCCCGGCUCCAGCUGACCCUGUUUGUUUUCUUGCUUUCUGGCCCUGCCCACUUCCGCUGGAGCUCUGCCCCACCUACCCCAGAGGCAAGAGGAGGGGACAGAUGGGGGUCAAAGGAUAGGUUGUGGGGGUGGUGGGUGAGGGAUCUAUGAAGCAUCUUGCAAACAGAUACUGCCUUCGCAGAUGCUUGGGGCAGAGACCGGGCCUCUCCCCAGGAACCACCCCAAGGGAGUUCUCUUCCAGACAACAGAUUCCUGAAAAGAUGGCAUCGGGCCGGGCACGCUGCACCCGAAAGCUGCGGAACUGGGUGGUGGAGCAAGUGGAGAGCGGGCAGUUCCCGGGGGUGUGCUGGGACGAUGCAGCUAAGACCAUGUUCCGGAUUCCUUGGAAGCAUGCAGGCAAGCAGGACUUCCGGGAGGACCAGGAUGCCGCUUUCUUCAAGGCAUGGGCGAUAUUUAAGGGGAAGUACAAGGAGGGAGACACAGAAGGCCCUGCUAUCUGGAAGACUCGUCUGCGCUGUGCUCUCAACAAGAGCCCCGAAUUUGAGGAGGUUCCUGAAAAUGGCCAUAGGGAUGGAGCUGAGCCCUACAAGGUGUAUCGGCUGCUGCCAUCGGGGACCCUCCCUGCCCAGCCAGGGACCCAGAAAUCACCAUCAAAGCGACAUUACAGUUCUGUGUCCUCUGAGAGGGAAGAGGAUGCGGGUACCACAAAGAACUGCAUACUCAGUCCCUCUUUGAUUGAGGACCCCCUCAAAAACGAGGAGGUGGGGGCCAGUGGGGAAGCAGGCCAUUCAGAAUUUGGGAGCAGCAGCAGCAGCAACAGCCCUGAGCCUCAGGAAGGUACAGACACAACAGAAGCCCCUUUCCAAGGAGAUCAGGUGUCAUUGGAGAGUCUGCCUCCUCCAGACUCAGACUACUCGCUGCUGCUUACCUUCAUCUACGGUGGGCGCGUGGUGGGCGAAGCCCAGGUGCAGAGCCUGGACUGCCGCCUUGUGGCUGAGCCCUCAGGCUCCCAGUAUGGGAUGGAGCAGGUGGUGUUUCCCAAGCCUGACCCACGAGAGCCCACCCAGCGCCUGCUGAGCCAGAUCGAGAGAGGUGUCCUAGUGGCCAGCAACUCCAGAGGCCUCUUUGUGCAGCGUCUCUGCCCCAUCCCCAUCUCCUGGAACGCGCCCCAGGCGCCACCCGGUCCAGGCCCGCAUCUGCUGCCCAGCAAUGAGUGCGUGGAGCUCUUCAGAACCACCUACUUCUGCAGAGACCUGGCCAGGUACUUCCAGGGCCUGGGCCCCCCACCCAAGUUCCAGGUGACUCUGAACUUCUGGGAGGAGAGCCCUGGCCCCAGCCACACCCCGAAGAGUCUUAUCACAGUGCAGAUGGAGCAGGCCUUUGCCCGACGUUUACUGGAGGAGACUCCUGAGGAGCAGGCAGCCGCUCUCUCCCUGCUGCAGAGCCUGGGAGACCCGCCUUCCUCCUCUUCGCUCUGUUCCUCCUAUCUCCUUUGAAAGAAACUCAUUCUCCACACUGUUGACCUGGCUCCCUUGGUGAUCAUUCUUGGUGGUUGUCUGUGAUGGUUGUGUCCUUGAACUGCUCGUGUACCUGGCUGGUGGAGAACUGAAGGAUGAUUUUUAUCCUUUUUUUAAGUUUGAGAUAUACCCUCUUUCAUUUCUGAGAAACUGAAUUGGGAAAAGUCCAAAUGGUGUGAACUCAGAGGACCUUUCCUGCUUCCCCCAACCCUAAAGCCAAGCACUUUAUAUUUUCUUCUUAGAUGUUCACUGGGGAUUUAAAAUAAAACUUUAUUGAAAGAGGA